AUGCAUGUCGUCGUCACUACCAGAUCUCAUUUCUCCGAGCCAGUUCCAUCUUUCAUCUCUCACGUAGGAGAUAUAAUUCGCAAGUCAAAACUCUGGUCAGAUUUGGACCUUGCUGUCCUACUCCGAAGCUGCGACCGUUUGUCCGGAUCGGACAAUUCAACGACCAUCAAGCUUUCCUUUGGAUUGCGAAGAAAAGCUGGACGGCCGUCAACAAACAGAUUCCUACGAGUACCAAUAUCGGCGCAACACGACGGGGAUGCUGCUCCUCCUGCGAAUAUUCACACAGCAUACUUGUCUACGAUAAACGUAUUCCUUGAAGUCUACGACUCGAACAAAGUCAGACAGGAAUACUUCCAAUUAGCGCCGAACCUGCCAAUCUCAGUACCUCCCAAAACAUUUAUAGCCAAUCCCAAGCAAUGGAGUACAAUAGAAGGCCUACAAGGCUUUCCGAAGCUUCCUGUGACGCAAACAGACUGUGUAGACGAAUUCAUGGACAGCAGCACACGGUUGUUCUUGGAGGAGCUUGGGGAUAUGAAAGACGACUACCGAAUGGAGGAAGACCCUGAUAGUCAGAUUUACAACGAGCUUGAUCAACUGUUCAGGAAAGGCUUUCGAUCGCUCAUAGUCGAUAGAUGUCGGCAGAGUGAUACAGGCACUCAGAGCUCAGGAGACAGGGUUCUCCAACCCCUGUCACGCAUUGUGCCUUCGGUGUUCAGCUUAGGCUACCGUGAGGCCAUGAACCAGCGAUCCCACUUGAUUCCGUCCAUCGCGAAGUCCCUAGCUUCAGUUCUGAAAACGUCAAGAAAUCCGACUUUACAAAGCAGACUUAACGAUCUUCAAGCUUUGCAUAAUUCUCAAACAGAAGCGUCUCAGGCACCGAGGUCGACCGACUUUAGAGCAGCAAUGCAGACUGCCCUCUGGAAGAUUGCCCAGAAGCAACUAUAUGAUCCCCGCGCUUCGCGAAAAUUGAGUGCAUCAGAUGCUGUGACUACUUCCGCCGAUGAUCUUAGAGGAGCUGAAGAGGAUCUUUUGUCAGAAGUAGGCAUGGAUGACUUUCACGAUGAUCUGAACAGUGAAAAUCACGAGAUAUACGACUCCGAUUAUUAUUUGGGAAGCAACUCCGAGGACCAGGAGCUCAUGGAGGAAGACGAGACGAACUCCGUCUUAUCCUUUGAUGGAAAUUAUUCACACCAUUCAAUUGAUAUGCUGGGGCAUGGGGAUACCAAACUUGAUCGAAUUUGGGAAGACCAGACAAUACUUGACCAUACCCAGACUAAAACCACAAUAUCCGUGUUCAAUCUUUCUGAGCAACUCUCCUGCCACCUUUCCAUAAGUGAUGGCGAGAUGCUGGCAUCGGACUGCUUUGAAGAUGAGUCUACGAGCCCACAACUUCUUCCCUAUAGCUCUAGCUUCUCGGGGACUUGUGAGACUUCCGAUGAGGACUGUGACCUGAUGCUGUGUGACCACAAUUGGGUUCUAUAA